AUGGCUCCAACGCCUGGAUCGAGCGCAAAGAAGCAGGCGCUGACCUUGGCGCAAUUGUCGACUUACGAUGAUAUAUUGACAGAUGCGCUCGUUGAUCACGCCUACUACUGGACUACCAUACCCAAGAACCGGCCCUCAUACCACGCCUCUCGCGGUGUCAGAGAAGAGGACAUCACCAAGAUCGUUCAGACUCAUGUUAUUGUCGAUCCCAAUCUGCCUGUGGCUGAGGACAAGUUGCUCGCUAGCGAUGGGCUGAAGAGAUUCUACAAUGGGCUACGGACAGACAAGGAAAAGGACGAUUUCAGGCGCCACCUUCGCCGAUAUCUACAGAUCUACCUCCCUGACUGUCCAUUCGAAGUCAGCAGCACAAACCGGUACACAAUUGUUACACAAGAGGCAAGCAUUACGGCACGGCGGUAUAUCAAGCGUAACGAGACAGUCAAGUACCUCUCCGGUAUCCAGGUGUUGAUCACGCCAGAAGAGGAGGACGCUCUUUCAUCACGCAAGAAGGACUUCUCUAUUGUGGUCAGCAGCCGGAACAAGUGCGCCAGUCUUUUCAUGGGCCCAGCCCGCUUCGCCAACCAUGAUUGUGGUGCCAAUGCCAAGCUCAUGACUACGGGUCAAGCAGGCAUUGAGAUCGUUGCAGUACGAGAUAUUGAUGUUGGCGAGGAAAUCACUGUGACUUACGGAGAGAAUUACUUCGGAGAGGAUAAUUGCGAGUGUCUGUGUAAGACUUGCGAGGACAAUCUGGCCAAUGGGUGGAAGACCGAAGACGGCAAUAUAUUGCUCACAAAAAGCAUCGAGGAGGACAUGGCCGCCCUCCAAGGCUACUCCUUGCGAAGGAGACGUAGGGAGGAACGCGGUGACUCUGGUUCUCGAACAUCAUCUGUGACGCCUGGGAUUCGGCCAAAAGUGUACAAAAGCAAGUCGAAGAGGCUACUAGGUGAUCGUGCCUCGACCACUGACUCAGGGUUGAUCACCGCGCCGAAUAGUCUUCAGAAGCGAAAACGCGAGAUUGAUGGUUUAGCCACUCCGCCAAUCACGCCCGCAAAGAAGCAGAAGACGGCACAUUUCGAGGUCACGCCCGUGGUCUCUCGCGCUGCUAUUUCUCGAGGAAGUUCAGAUGACGGCCAGGCGCCAAGCGUGUCAGAAUCAGACUCCGCGAAUGGCGAGACUGUGUUGACAGACGUGACAACCCCCGAAGAGGACCUUCCGGAACCAAGUCUUCGUGAGCCGCAAUCGAGCUCAGCAUACGAAUCUUUCGAGGCAUUGAAGCAGGAGCAGCCCCCGGAUGCAUUGGGCAGAGCAGCACUAAAUUCAAACGCGUACUACACAAAAUCAUCAUGUCCUCGAUGCGAGCGACAUAGCAAGUUGUACGGUUAUAUAUGGCCGAAAACCGAGCCAGAGGGCAAAUGGGACAAAGAAGAGAGGAUCCUCGAUCAUCGAACCGUGCAUCGGUUCCUAAACUUGACUGAGGAGCGUGCUGCCAGAGGAAGAGCUCCCUUGCGACGCACAGAAACCCCUCUCGACGAAGGCGAUUUCGAAUUCGCUGGACCGAAAUCAAAGAAGCGGAAGAUCUCUGCAGCGAUUGGCGAUGAUGAAAAUGACGACUCGGCUUUAGGCCUUAGGAGGAGUAGCCGAAGGCGGCAGUCCAGCGGCAAGGCCGUCAAGACUCGCUAG